UCAAGCAAGUCACACAGUGAAAAUAAAUAAACACGAGAAUGUUAUGUCCAUACAUGUCCACACUCCACACUACAACCACAAGAUUUUGAUUGAAAAUAAAUUCAUAAAAGAAAGAUGUAUAUAAUAAUAUUCAAAGAAAGUCUUUAAUAACUUAUUGCGUAAUGAUGCUGAAAUGGCUUGUUUUUUUCGCCGAAUAUACUUUAAGUACGCAAAGUGUCUAUUGAUAACAGUUUCAAUAGCAUUUUUUGUCCAAAUUCUCGUGGCCUUAAGUUUCUUUCCUUCAGAUAACGACGAUAUUUUAAAAAACAAACCCUUAUCAGUAGAAAAACUGCAUAGAGGUGCUUUGUCUGCAAGAAAAGAGGAUCGAAUUAAUGACGAUGAAGAUGUAACUCAAAAAAACAAAGUCGGUUCUCAUCUUAGGAUAGAAGAGCUGGAUUUUAAACCACUGUGCGCAGUGACAAGCAGAGAAGCCAUUUCUGCAAUUCAUCGAGCUAAAACUCAGAAAUGUAAACAACAGAUUGUCAAUACAACAUGUCUUAUUCAAAGCGGAAAAUUUUAUCCCAAAAUAUUACCCAAUUAUUGCAAGAGCAAUGUAAUGUCUUAUGGUAAACAUUUAGGAUGCUAUCAAGAUGAAAAAAAAUUGAGGCUGCUCACUAGUUUUUAUGGAAAUUAUGUAAAUAUGAAUUCACCUCAAUUAUGUCUUGAUAUUUGUGUUCAAGCUGGCUUUCCCUAUGCAGGGGUUCAGUAUGCUUCUGAAUGCUUUUGUGGUGAAAAUCUGCCUCCUGAAACAGCAUUAGUUGCUGAGCAUCUGUGUGACAUGAAAUGUCCUGGAGAGUCUUCCAAGACUUGUGGAGGCUACUUUACAAUGAAUGUUUUUGAAACUGGUUUAGAGAAAUUUGUUGCCAAGACACCUAAAACUGUAGGAGAAACUGGAGCUGUGAGGAUUGUAUUUCUUUUAACUCUGAAUGGACGUGCAUUGCGACAAAUACAUCGGUUGAUAAAUGCUCUUUAUCGAAGUAAUCAUUAUUUUUAUAUUCAUGUAGAUAAAAGACAAGACUAUUUGCAUCGGAAAUUGUCUAUUUUGGAAAAGCAAUAUCCAAAUAUUAAAUUAGCCACGUCUAGAUAUUCAUCCAUUUGGGGUGGCGCAUCUUUGCUUCAGAUGCUUAUUGCGUCUAUGAAGGAUCUCUUUCUACUGAAAUGGCAUUGGGAUUAUGUUAUAAACUUAAGCGAAAGUGACUUUCCUAUUAAAUCUCUUGAAAGCUUAGAAAAUUUCUUAUCUGUAAAUAAAGGACUUAAUUUUGUUAAAUCACAUGGACGAGAAGUUCAAAGAUUUAUUAAGAAACAAGGCCUCGACAAGACAUUUAUAGAAUGUGAAACUCAUAUGUGGCGCGUAGGUGAGAGGAAGCUGCCGCGGGGAAUAGUAAUCGACGGCGGCAGUGACUGGGUGGCAUUAUCUCCUCAAUUUGUGUCUUAUGUCACUGGAAAACAAGAUGAAUUGCUGGCUGGAUUAGAGAUUGUCUUUAAACAUACUUUAUUACCAGCUGAAUCUUUUUUUCAUACAGCAUUAAGAAACUCGCAAUUUUGUAACACAUAUGUGGAUAACAACUUGCACGUAACUAACUGGAAAAGAAAGUUAGGGUGUAAAUGUCAAUAUAAACAUGUUGUUGAUUGGUGUGGAUGUUCACCAAAUGAUUUCAAGAUGGAAGACUGGCCAAGAAUACAAAAUACUGAGGAUAGACAAUUAUUCUUUGCAAGAAAAUUCGAGCCAAUAAUUAAUCAAGAAAUUAUAACUAGAGUGGAACAAUUCAUCGGUUUCAAUGACCACCAUCUGCUAAGAAACUUGGAAGGUUAUUGGCAAAGUAUUUAUCAUAUUGACGACUUAACAUCCAGUACAGAUGACCUACUUCUUACUCAUGCCGGGAGUAUUAUACGACAGAAUGCGAAGAUUUUAUCCGAAAAAGGAUGCACAAUAGAUAUUUAUGAAAUUGUUGAAAUAAAUUCAUAUAAUUACGCAGACGUUUACAAAGGUAAUCUAAUACUUCAUAAAGCAGUACUUAACAAAGGUUCUGAAAUAAUCCUCGAAACUUGGUACAAACAAAAAAAAUAUAUGGAGUUCAACUUUGGAAAUCAUUUAGCAGAAAAUAUUAAAAUUUUUAAAGUAAGUUCAGAUUAUGAUCAAAAAGAAAUGAUAUUCAGAAAUUUGGCCAACAUUUUGGGUCCAUUGUCAGAACCGGUUCUACUAUAUCAAUUUUCGCCUAUACUUGAAAAAAAAGGCGAAAAUCUUACACUUAUAUGGUUGGAUCCAACUGGACUUAUAGCAGAUGUAAAUGUAAUAAUUAUUAAUGAAAAUAAUUUAACAAAUUUUAUAAAACCAAACCUAAAAAUCCCACUAUUACCAGGAAUUUGGAAAGUCGGUUUAUUUGAACAUUAUGAGUUAAUAGUAUUAACGAAAUUUUUAAUUACUCCUCUGGAAUCUUUUUCUGGAAAGGAUUUAACUCAUCAAGAGGCAAGUAUCAUCCACAGCGGAUCUCAAAAUGCUUAUAAAGACUUUUCCAACAUUAAACCUUUACAUUUUCUACCGGAUGAAGAAGAAAAUAUUUUAUUACAGAAGAUAUCACAAUCAAAUAUUAAAAGAGUGAACAAUGAUUUAAAAGAAUGGAUAGACUCGUUAACCUCCGAAUUUUACAAUGUGUUAGGCUUAUGUGUUAAUCAAGCUAAUUUGAAAGAUAUAACGAAUUGUGGAAAUUAUGACUUCGAUGAUUGUUCUGCGACUGAGUGGAGUUCUUUAUCACCAGAUCCUAAAGGAUCGAUAGGAAAAUUUAAUAAAAUAUCUAGUCGAUUGGACAGAGUAUGACAUCCAUUUAUUUUUGUAUAAGUAUUUUAUUAUUAAGUUAUAUUAGGAAAUUCGGCUAACGUAAGUCCGAACAGUUGAAAACAAAGGAGACUUCUGUAAAGAAACUGAUGAGUUUUGCCUGCAUAAGUACUUUAGUCAGUGAAAAGUUGACAUCGACCUCUAUGGACGGAUUGGAACUAUGUCGUACUUGUAUACAACACGCGAACAAACUUAAUACCUAUUGUUAAUUCGUGCAGAAUAUAAAUAUAGUUUAUCUUUUCAUAAAAAAUAAUUUCAAAAUAUGUCUUUGUUUUUUAAAAAACCUGUGUGAAAAUUAAUAAAAAUAUCUAAUACAAUCCGCUACAUUAUAAAAUUAAUUCUCGUUUAUUUCUUACAGGUUGUAAUACUUUAAUGUAAUCUGUAAUAAUACCAGGCAACAAAAAAAAAUUUAAUGUUAUCUAAUAUAAAUAUAAAAUUAAUAAAAAAGGUAAUAGUGGCGGACUUAUUCUAUGAAUGAAACGAACCUCUUCCAGGGGAUUGGUCCGUUAGAUCAACGUUGUACUUAAUGAAUGUUGAUCUAACAGACUUUGCAUGAAACCUUGCAUCACAAAAAUAAUCUUGAUUUUUCCAGAGAUUACUUGAUUAUUUUCAAAAUUAUUUUUCACUAGCGAUCCAUACCACUUUGGUAAAGUGGGCAAUAAAUCAUGUGUGUCAUAAUGUAUUUUUCUAUUCCGUAUAUUCCGAUACAGAACCAUGGGUUACGAGAUUGGGAGAUUAAAGGUAUAGUUGCUUACGUGUUUUAUCAUGGCUAUCUGGCGCUGUCUACCCAUUAAGUGAUAAAUCUGUAUAACCUUAUUAUGAUGUGUUUUAACGCUCGACGCAAAAAGAGGGGUGUUAUAAGUUCAACGUGUCUGUCUGUGGCAACGUGACAUCGUAGCUCCUGAACGUAUGAACCGAUUUUCGUUUAGUAUUUUUUUGUGUCAUAGAUAAUUUAUCUCGAGUGUUCUUAGCCAUGUUUCAUGAAAAUCGGUUCAGCCAUUCAAAAGUUGUAGCGAAAUGAAUAUUAAAAGUCGGGGGUUUUUUAAUUUGUCAAACAAAUAAACUGUUAUUAUUAUAAAUAAAUGAUUAAAAGGUUUGAUUACUAUUUAUUUUGGGCAAGGAAAAAAGCACCUUAUUAAGAUCAUAGUUCCAAGAAGAAAAGGACUUUAAUGUCAUUUAAUCAAAAAUCCAAAUGAAAAUCAAAUGGUUUUUAUUCAGAACUAGUUUUUGCCCGCGGUAUCGCCCGCGUGAUUUUCAUAGUAAAAUCUCGGUCAUUCUUUUAUAUUGUAAGACUGGUAAUAUAUAUGAUACAAAUUC